GGCUGGGUCGUGUGACAGCGGCCGCUUUGAAAGUAACAAACCAGGAAGAAAAGCAGGGGCAUUUUCCGGAAAACUGCCGGGUGUCCGCGGCUGUGGCUGCCGGGGUUUCCAGGGCUCCCGACCGCGCUGCUUGCACACCCGUUCGGCCCCUGGGGCACCUGCGGCGCCUGCGAGCCUCGCUGCCGGUCAGCACCGGCUCCUCGGACGAGUCAUCCGUCGCCCUGCGGGCUCUGAAGGUCCGCAGCGAAGCAGCGGGCAYAGAACGCAYCAGUUCGGYUCUCACAAACUCUCCCAGCUCCUCYUGUGGCAGCAAAAAGUCAAAUAGUCGGCGGUGUAAACGGGCAGUGAUUCUGAGAAAUGGACAAGAGUGAUUUUCAAGCUUAUGAAGAUGAAAUCCAGGCACUGGAAGAAGAAAUUAGGCUUUUGACAGAAAAGUAUGAAAUUCUCCARCAAGAAUCCACCUUUUUUUCUGAUGAGGAAAUCUUGAAGGCAAUAAAAUCAUUUCAAAGAGAAAAUCAGGGAGAAACCAGGGGAUAUGAAUCUCCAUCAGACCUGAAAGCUCAACUUGAAAGUCUGGAAACAGAUCUCUCAUUUUUAAUGAAAUUUACAGGUUUUCAGUUCACGAGUCAUUCCAAGAAAACAGUGGAAAAAACUACAAACAGGACAGUGCAGAAGCACACAUUAUCAGGGAAGUGUCACUCUCUGCCUUUUCACUUGGAAUUCCAGCUUCUUGAAAUGCAGAACAACGAGAAAGUGUCUGCUGUUGUUAGUGAUCUCAACAUUAAAAKGGAAUCCAGAGAAGAUUCAGAUGUGAGCAAGUUUGUGUCAAGCAUUGAAGAACAUGCAGAUCUUCUAAAGUUCUUCAGAAGCUUUUCAACUUACGCUGAGUGGCAUGAACAUCGUAGACGCACCUUCCUGCAUUUCAAGGCCAAGUAUCCUGACAACGUGACCCUUCCRGAAGGACUGCAGGGAGAUUUUAUAAUUUUAAGGAACCCCAAAGUUUCUGGGUUUGAAUUAAUGAUUGUUUGGAAGAUCCAUCUGGAUGCAGAAGGGACCACUACACCUGUCCUGGACCUGCUGACCAAAGUACCAGAGAAAGUCCUGGAGCAGAGGAUGACGAGUGURGAGAGCAUCCCUGGCAGCUUCCGGAGUGCGCUCGGGCUCUUCGGGAUUGAGGCAGCCAUCGAGAACCUGAUCAAAGUGCUGGGCUCAGAAAAAUGAAUGCCAGCRUUACUUACACCAGGUAGCAAUUUCAAAAGUAGUUUUAAUUAAGAUAUUGUGUUACACAGUCUAUAAUUUUAUUGAAUAUAAACAUUAAGUUAUUUUCCAUUUAGAAACCAUACUCAUAAAACAUGCUAUCUGUACAAUUAUGGCACGUUAUAUAUAAAUUGUCAUGACAUGAAAAUAAAUACAGCCAUUUAAAUACAAAAAUGCCAAAUAAAAUAGUUACAUGUACAGAGUGAUUUCAUUAUAAAUUUAUCUUUCUGAAUCAUUAAUGUACCAGAGUGGUUUAUCUUCUUAACAUUUUCUAGAUACCUGGAAACUGUUAAAAGAUCAUGCACUGUCAAAAUCAAGUCCAUAAAAAUCCAUUUCAUUUCACAGCUCUGUAGAAGUACAGUGAUUUUAAAAUGACAAGAGAACAGUAAGAGACUCCUAGAACAAAGAGUUAAACAGCUUUCUCAUUAAAUUAGGGUGGAAGAAGACAACUUGAAGAUUUCAAAGACAUACARUGCUAAAAAGGCCAAAGGUACCUGUAUGUAGUAACUUUGUUCCACAAUGUGAGUGCUGAGACAGCGUUAACCCAACCCAGAGAGGGACAUGACACCCCUGGGAAAAAGUGGGUGAGUCCCCUCCUGCCCACUGCAGCACUUCCUUCCCAUUUCUGAUUUCCAGGAGGAAAUUCCGGUAACUAACACAUUACCAAACAUCACAUUUCACACAUUCAUCCCUGAAGAAACAAAACAGAUCAAAUGGAUGUCUUGCCUCUCCCUUUAUUUCCAUCCAAUGUGCCAUGAGCCCAUCUGAGAACUCUCAGUGUUUCCAGAAUUCCUGCUUUACACUAGCUCUGCACCUGAACCGAACAACCAUAUCCAAACCAAAUGGAUGGGACUGGAAGUCAGGUACUUCUCAGGCAGGGAGUAACAGUUCCUGGRACUGAGAGCCCAAACCCACCAGCUCUGGCCUCUCAGGAAGAGCCUCCUUUCCAAGGCCAGCAACACAACCGCCCACCCCGUACACCAAUGGGGAAAUAGGUGGAGAAACCAAGAAYUAAAGCAACAGUAUGUUUAUAAUCCCAUAAAUGUAAUAAUCCAUUAUUUGAUCACUGAAAUUGUCUCCCACUGUUCUGGCAGACCAGGAAAAACCAACAGACCACAGGCUGGUUUCUGACAGACUUGACAGCUGAGCAGUGCCAGAGAUUGGGUUUUGAUGAAUGGCAACUCUAUCUUGUUAGAUAAGGCAGGCUCAUUUCAAGUUUGGAAUCCAGUACACACGCAAAAUUCAGUGCUGCUUAUCCACUGACAUGGAACUGGUUGAGCUGGUUUUGUGUAACCUUGAGUUCAGUUCAUCUUUAGCUCCCUCCUCAUUGCCCCAAAAUGAAACUGUUUGCUGAGCACAGACACUUCUGAUGCAUAUGAAAUGUGUGCAAAGUUACAGCAUAAAAACCUGGAAACUUCCCAGCUAUGCAGGGUCCUUCCUUCCUCCUCUUUCUAACCCUCUGGAGGGUUUCUGGAUUUAUAAGUAGCUCCCUUYUUCCCCCAGGUUUUCUUUGGGAAGAAGGGCUUAUUCCUGCUGUCAACUGCCAGCUUAUUGCACUGUUGCAGUGUGACACCUCAGGCCUGGUCCCAGAAAGGCUCCUGGCACUGGAUGCCAGCACUGCCAGCUCUGGUCUCUGGCACUGGGGGAGUGGUGUCUCUGUGUUUCACAUUUCUCCCUUGAGUUACACGGGGCCCUAUUUUUCAAUUUCAGGUAAAUUGGAACAAUUCAAAGGUUACACAGAGAUCACAAUGUAAAUGAUAUUCAGGAGUUAACCUACAAGACUCUGAACAAUACUGGUAAGCACAGGUUGUAUCCAGGUAAUAAGAGCUGUUCACUGUGGCUUGAGGAGCAUCUCUGUACCAUUGAGGGGGUGUAAUCCCUGAGGAAAAAGGAGCUGUACAUUUUAUCACAGUACCCUCACUUUUGGACAUACUCUUCAGUUCCAACUCCUGAUCUUCCCCAACCAUGGCUCUACUGCAGCACCUCCCCAGCCUUCAGCUGCACAGCUCACACAAACCUACCCUGGCACAAGACUAACCCACUGCAGCUGCAGGGAAGAAAAUGAGAUUCUGUCACUUUUUUUCUGUGUCACUUAAAGCAAAGGAGCYUGAAAGCAGCUGCUCAUGCCAUGCAGUGUGUGGGGCAUCAGUCUAAUAAUGCCAAUGUUUGACACUAUCCAAAAGACCCGAAAUUACAGAACAUUUUCUUAUAGAUUAAUUUAAAUUMGGCAAGAGCAAGCUGUGGUUUCACCUUCAAUAGCAGCAUAUAAUGUAUAGACAAUAAAAACCAGCAUGACAGGUGAGUUAAGCCCAGCUAUCAUGUAAAACUCGAGCUUACCUUAACCCUUUGCACUUUGUUUCAGAAGCUUUAGUAGGUACAAGGUGACCACACAACUUCUGAAGGCAGCCUGUUGUUCCCAAUCUGUGCAUUAGUACUUGAGUGUUCUGCAGUGACAGGGCAGUUCCACAGAUCAGCCACUGCACGGCUGUAUUUUCAGUGGAUUAAUGCUAAAGUGUUGUGUUGGGUUUUGCCAGAGCACUCCCUCCUUUAGUAGGAUGAGGGAGACUCAGCACAGGCUCCAAGGCAAUUGUCUUGUUAGUAACUAGGCUUUCUAUGUUAGUGCAAUACUUCAGGAAACCUUUAAUUCUGUGCUCUUUUGAUUCUAAGGAAGUAGACUUUCUGUAUUAAUUUGAUCUGUCCUCUAGUUCCAGGGUAUGGCACGUCACCUGUUCUGUCACAUUAAAUACAUUCAUUAAGGUUAUCUAGCAAACAUGUGGCUUAGUGCUAUCCCAGGUCUCUGAGAAGGCAUUACCCAUUAGAAAUCAUUUCAUAAAGCAAAAACAUUCACAGCUGAAAAAUGCACUGAACACAAUAGAAAAGAAAAAAAAAAAUCACCAUAAC